AAGGGGAUCGUAAAUAAGAAAGCCAUAAUCAUAGCCAACCCGUAUGAUGGAGAUAAACAAAAGAAAUCGAUAUACGAUGACACAGGAAUAGACGAUUCGUACAGAAUUAUUUGACAGAAGGUUUAAUAUAUAUUCCUUAUAUUCAAUUGUAAAAAAAAUAUGCUUAGAGCAGGUGAGUUUAAUGACGAUUAUUGAAAAAUGAGUCACUUUUAAAAAAUUGUUUUUUUUUAUCAGAUAAGAACGUCAAAAAACCUAGUCGAUCAAAGAAACUAUUUUUUUAUCAAGAAGAGGAUACCGUAUAUACGGCUGUAUUAAAGCCUCUUAGAGUUUUUCAAUUUGUAAGUAAAGCAAGUGCAAUAUCGUGCAUAUCUCGGAUGAAUUAAUUUCGAGAAAUUUUAUCGAUUUAGCUCUUGUCAAUGUUCCUAUUUUUUCUGACCAUAUAUAUAUUUUGGAUACCCGGGACACCAUUGUCUACAAUCAUUUGCCUUUCAUUAAUUAUUAUAAACGGUAUCUAUGCCUUUGUCAUGAGUGUGGAAAUAAUUUCUCAAUACGGUGAACAUAGUUUACGUCUCACACCGGUAAAAAUAAUCUAUUAUGUAACAAAAUUAAUUAAUUUUAAACAAUUAUUUUAUAAAAUCAAACGUAUGAAUUAAUCACAUUAUCCGUUAAUAUACUAAGAAUUAUGCUACUUUAUGACAGAUGUUUACGUUCGCCUUCCUGGGUUUCCUGAUCUAUUUUAUUAUCAGUUUAUUCUUACUUCUAUUAUCACAUACCGGUAACGCUUUUCACCUAAUAAAAACUACAAUGAUAUUCUUCAGUUUCGUUCUAUCACUACUCUUCCUGAUCGACAUUUUGAUUGUACUUUCGUGAGUUUCGAGCUUCGUAAUAAUCGAAUCAUUAACACUUUCUGUUAUUUAUUAGGAAAAUCUAAGAAUAUAAAAAUACUUUUAUCGUUAUAGUAUCUGGAAAAAUAAGUGUAGAAUGUAUCAAAAAACUUGUGAGGAAAAGGAUAUCCUUUCCAAGGGAAUAAGUAUACCAGUUAUAGCAACAACUGUACCGACAGAACCAAUGUAUAUACGUGGUACUCAGUAUAAGAAACGUGAUGCAUCGACUAGCAUUAGCGCCAUAAAAUUACCAUUAACUACUGAAAAUACCACACCGGAUCACGGCUUGCGAAAAACGACCAUUGGUCAUCGACGAGAGUACGCCGAUCGUCCGACUAGUACCCCGUCAGUAGCUGUAAAAAUCGCCGCAAUUCAAACAAAUCCGAAAAAUGUAUCUGUCGAAGAAUCUCAGCAGACAUCUAAAUCUGAUUUGAAAGAAGUUCUGGUACAAACCACGAGUAGAUGCGAGUUUUGCAAUCAACAACUUCAAACUCAAGGAAUUUUGACGACGACACAGCUUUCUAAUGAAUGUGCACCUUGUUCAGCGAUUAUCCAGUUUCUACGUGGAGCUGUCGCUACGCCAUGUUGUCCCAAUUGCAAUUGUAAGCCUGAAGUACAAACGGGACAGAAAAAACGAGGCAAUCCAGACUCCAAUCCAAAUGGUGAUCAGAAAAACGUGUUAAAGGGCCGAAUGGUAGAAAAACAAAUACAAGUGGGAGAGGAUGAAGUACAAAUAAGAGAUCAUGAAAUGCAAACGGGAGAGUAUGAAGUGCAAAUGACAGAGCAUGAAGUACAAACGGUGGAUAAUCCAUUGCAAAUGAUGGAGAAUGUACGAGAUUAUUCGAAAAACAAUGAGUCUCGAGUCUUAACGAGUUUUACAAAGAUGACUGUAACAGUACACUGUGCAUCACCAAGCACAAAAAUGGAAAUAGUGUCUUCGACUGGAUCCAAAGAAAACAUCGUUACCACUUACAUUCCGCCACACGGACAACCUGUAAUAUUGGCUAAUAAUGAAGAAUCUCAAAACGGAACUCACGUCGCAGUCUAUCAGCAAACCGAAAAUUCAAUGGCUUCGCUGUUGUAUUCGAAAAAUGAAUGUAAGAUAGGACAAAUUCAAGAAAUCGAGUCUUUAAAUUCAAUUUCUGCGUCGGGUAGUAUCGAAUUAGAAAAAUGUAAUAACGGGAAUGAGAAGAUGAACCCUCCUCUGCAAAUUAAGAAUGAUAAAGAAGACAUUAAAAAAAAUGAUAUUAAAGAAGUACGACAAAAUCAAAUUUUAAGUUCGAGGAUACCGAAGUCAGAUACAAAUGAUAAUCCUACGAGUAAAGGUCGAAAAAUCAGAGAGCAAUCUAAUCCAUUGAAACAAAAUAAAAAACUUAAGAAAUCAGGAUAUGCGACAGGGCUGAAGGACAGAAAGGAUGAUAAUCGUACAUAUUCGAGAUUUUUACCAUUAGAAGACAUAAAGAAAAAGGAUCUGAAGGAAAUAAAAACUAACGAACAGAAUUACAUGCAGAAUUUUUGCAUGCCCAUAAUCCCGCAGGAAAUCAUUGAACAUCCACAUUGUGUUAGAACUAGAACCAUAUCAUCGGUUUUUCAACGAAACAAUAGAAUUGAUCCAAUAUUCCUACCGGAAUGCGAGACUUUUGUCGCCACUGAAAUAGAAAAGCCAUAUAUUCAAGGUGAUAUUGACCCUUCAGAUGAGCUGUUUACUACUCUCCCGAUUACAGCUACGACAAAUAUAAUCAUGUGCACGAAAUGUAGAAAAGAGAUGGUACUGAAUAUUACGAAUCAAAGUGAAGAUAUUUCACAAGAGAAUUUUGACUCUGGAAAUAUAAAAAAUGAAUACGAGGAAAAACUUACUUACUGUAGGAGAUGUGGCCAAUUACAAUAUUAAAUAGUUUUAACGUCUGUGAUUUUUCAUGAAUUAAAACGUAAGUAAUUUACUGAUUUAUGAUAUAAUUCGAACUUGGUAUUUAUGUGAUUCAAACAUUUUCUAGAUUCUUUUGCAAAACGAUUAUUGUUAUCACGACGUUGAGAAGGUGUCACCGAUUGAAGUUAACAAAACAACAAUAUUUGUAAUCUACUUUAGUCGAAUAUUUUAAACUAAUAAUAAUCAUAGUACAUGUAAAUAUUGUACAUUGAUAGAAAUAUUUAUUUGAACAUAACACUGUUAACAUAAAAAGAAUUUCACUGGACAAACAUACUUUCGUUAAGAUAAAAACAGUACGAAAUUAAUUCUUUUUUGUUUUAGCUUUUUUUUACAUCUCGUGUAAAAUUAUUUUAUUAUUGAAUACAUUUUA